AUGUCUGGCGCUCUAGAGAGCUACCGGAGCCGGGCAAUUUUCGCCGUUGUCAUCACAUUCACCGUAACAUCAACUGUCUCUGUUUUCCUCCGUCUUCUUUCGAAGCGUAUAAACCGGGCUCGCCUUGCCAGCGAAGAUUAUGUUCUCUUAGUCGCACAGUUCCUUCUCUAUGGCAUGGCAAGUGCUGAAAUUAUCGGACUAACCAAAGACGAACAACAGAUGCUCGUUGUUAUGCAACUUUUCUAUGCCUCCACGCUCACUUUAAUCAAAACCUCUAUUUGCCUCUUCUACCUUCGAAUCUUCCCCGUGAAGCGAUUUCGAAUAAUUUGCCGGAUGGUGAUGGGAUUCGUUGCCUGUUGGGGGAUAAUGGUCAUCUUGACAGCAUUCCUUCUCUGCCGACCACUAGCCUAUAACUGGGAUCAAUCCAUCCCAGGUGGCAAAUGCGCCAAUGAGCGCGCCGCUUUCAUCGCCGUCGGUGUAUUAGAUCUUGUGACAGACGUUUGCGUUUUUGCUCUGCCGCUACCGAUGAUCUGGAAUCUGCAUGCCCGUAUGGCAACCCGAGCAGCGCUGUCGAGCGUAUUUGGACUUGGGAUUCUAACUAUGGUAGUCAGCAUCCUACGUAUUGUCGCACUAAUGGCCACAAACUUCGCAGACAUUACAUAUACUGCUUCUUACCCACUCCUGUGGAGUUUUCUAGAGCCUGCAUUGGGUAUAACAGUGGCUUGUGGACCGCUACUGGGGCCCCUGACAAAGAAGACAAAGGCAUUCGUUGCAACGCACGCCACCCGCAAACUUCGUUCACAAAGUGAGGACAGAGCACCUUUCGGGAGUCUGCACUCAAAUUGUGCUCAUGCGAGCAAUGAGCUCGGCGAAUGGCCUGGGGUUGUAACAAGUGUGACUGGGCCACAGUCGGUGAUCCACCAUAAGACUUCGCAGGACACUGAAGACACCAUUGGUGAGGGGCAAGGAAUAGGCGUACGGACGGAAUGGAAAGCCUAUGUCUCCUAA